GCCAUUCCGGCCAUGCCCGCCGCCGGCUCCGAGCUGCCGCCCGCCGCGCCCGAGCGGGGCGCCGAGCCCCGGACGCACGGGGAGCAUCAGUACCUGGGGCAGGUGGAGCACAUCCUGCGCUGCGGCUUCAGGAAAGAGGACCGCACGGGCACCGGCACGCUGUCGGUGUUCGGCCUGCAGGCGCGCUACAACCUGAGAGAUGAAUUUCCUCUGCUCACAACCAAACGUGUAUUCUGGAAGGGUGUUUUGGAGGAGCUGCUGUGGUUUAUCAAGGGUUCCACAAAUGCUAAAGAGCUAUCUUCCAAAGGAGUGAAAAUAUGGGAUGCCAAUGGAUCCAGAGACUUUUUGGACAGCCUGGGAUUUUCUGCCCGAAAAGAAGGGGACCUGGGCCCAGUUUAUGGCUUCCAGUGGAGGCAUUUUGGAGCAGACUACAAAGAUAUGGACUCAGAUUACACAGGCCAAGGAGUAGACCAGCUGCAAAAAGUGAUCGACACCAUCAAAACCAACCCCCACGACCGGCGGAUCAUCAUGUGUGCCUGGAACCCUAAAGAUCUCCCCCAGAUGGCGCUGCCUCCCUGCCAUGCCCUCUGCCAGUUCUAUGUAAUGAACGGGGAGCUGUCCUGCCAGCUGUACCAGAGGUCCGGAGACAUGGGCCUGGGCGUGCCCUUCAACAUUGCCAGUUAUGCUUUGCUCACCUACAUGAUCGCACACAUCACGGGCUUGCAGCCAGGUGACUUUGUACACACUUUGGGAGAUGCACAUAUUUACCUGAAUCACAUUGAGCCACUGAAAAUCCAGCUUCAGCGAGAACCAAGACCUUUCCCAAAGCUCACAAUCCUCCGAAAAGUUGAGACAAUUGAUGACUUCAAAGCUGAAGACUUUCAGAUUGAAGGGUACAAUCCUCAUCCGACUAUUAAAAUGGAAAUGGCUGUUUAGAGUGCUUUCAAAAGCACUGUUACAAGGGUGUUACCCAGGUGAGCAAGUACAGUAGGUCAGAAAUGUCUCAGUAACUUACCAGUUAGGACUCAUUAGUGUUAUAGGAUGUUGUUCUUUCUUUUAGUAAUAGAAGGCAUUGUUGAGUUGGGUGAGCUCCCUGGGGUGCAUGCAAUGUAGAGAUGAGUUAAAUGUAGACAUGCAGGAGUGUUUCAGUCCCAGGCAUUCCUGAAGGCUGGUGACAUUCUUUAACUCCAUACGCUAUUUUCCUGAACUUGAAAUCAGCACCAUCAUUCUAAUGUACAGGAUGUUUAUGAGUGUUUAUAAAGUUAUACUAUGUUUUAUAGACUGCUGUAAUAAAGACCUGUUCUCCUUUUUUAUUUCCCCUUU